AUGGCCCCUCCAAGGGCCUUUGACUUUACCGGCGACGUCGCCAUCGUCACGGGCGCCGGCUCGCGAAUGGACGGCGAGAUUGGCAACGGUCGAGCAGCCGCCAUCCUCUUAGCCAGACAUGGCGCUAAAGUCGCCCUGGUCGACUACAACGUCGACUGGGCCAAGGAAACGAAACGGAUGAUUGAGGCGGAGGGCGGCAUCUCAGAGGUCGUUCAAGCAGACGUGACGAACGAAGAGGCGUGCAAGACUGGCGUGUUCAGAACUGUGGAAUUGUUCGGUGCGGUGCAUAUCCUGGUAAACAUUGUCGGGGUCGGGGGCGCCAUCGGCGACGCCACGACCAUCAGCCUAGAGGCUUGGGAGAGGGACUUUCGCAUCAACGUCACGAGCAUGGUUCUCAUGAGCCGCUAUGCCAUUCCUGAGAUGAGGAAAGCCGGACGUGGAUCGAUCAUCAACAUGUCCUCCGUCAGCGGCCUGCUAGGAGGAAACCCCAGCCUCUUGUAUCCCACCACCAAAGGAGCCAUCAUCCAGAUGACGCGAGCCAUGGCGGCGCACCAUGGCGCAGAGAACAUCCGCGUCAACUGCGUCGCCCCGGGGAUGGUGUACACACCCAUGACGAGGGGGCGGGGCAUGACCGACGAGAUGAGGCAGGCCCGAAUCAACCAGAAUCUGAUGAAGAAGGAAGGUACGGGUUGGGACGUGGGUUACGCCAUCCUCUUCCUCGCCAGCAAGGAGGCCGGUUGGAUCACUGGGCUGAUCAUGGCAGUGGACGGAGGCGUAAGUCACAAUCUGUUCUUCUGA